AUGGACUGGAGCGACGAGAAAGUAAGCACAUAUACAGCUUAUUGGUGUGGCUCAUUACCAUCAAGUUUCGAAUGCGAGGAACAUAUUUGCGGCUAUCGUAUCUUGUGGCCUUGUGGUGAUGGUGAAUGUAUUCGAAUAUCACAUCGCUUUCCAUUUCAGAGUUUAGUACAACCAGAUCUUGAUUGUUACAAUCUUCGUAAUCUGUAUUUUAUGUGUGAAGUCAGUAGAAGUCAACGCAUAAAAUUAUGGACACAAAAAAAUGGCAUGUGUACAAAUAAUCUUUCGUAUGAUAUAGGGCAUCCCAACAUGGAAGUAAUAUCUGAUGAGUCAAAACAAGAAAUAUGUAUCUAUUUGAUUCGAUGUUCUCUGUCAAUAAAUCUUCAUUGCCCAUGUAACGCAACUAAUUGUAGUCUUUUAAUGAAAAAUUUUUGUGAGAAGGAUAAACAUUAUCCAUACCCGACUGGUGCUUUGAUUCGACCAUAUCUUUCAACUUUAUAUGAUUGGCAACACUUAGAUCUCACACCAACUUUAUUUAUUCUAAAUGGUAGCAUCAAGUGUCGUGGUUAUCGUGCAUUUGCUUUUAAUAAACAAAUACCUUUAACUUUGAAUAUGGUGAGAUUUAAUCGUCUUGAUUAUCUUUUGUGUCUUUCCAAUAAUACUGACUUGUUCUCUGUCAUUCAAUACGAUAAAUCAUGUUGGAAAAAUUCUCUUACUUUCAAUGGUCAACCAUAUGCUUUCUAUGAUAUUUGCAAAGAAACAAGAGAAUGUAUUUCGCAAUAUCGUAUUUCGAAUCAAUUUAUCGAUUGUCCUUAUAUGGAUGAUGAAUCAAUACGUGUCGAACAAGAUCUUUGUUCGAAUAUCCGAGAACAUCGUUUUCGUUGUUCAGAAGAUCAGUAUUCUUGCUUAACCAUCCAAACAUUAGGAGAUGAAAGUAGUCAUUGUGAUAAUUAUUUUGAUGAAAAUUUGUACGGUUCUGGACCUUUUCUUGGUAGUAUUCUUUGCGAGAAUGGAAAUACUGAUAAUUGUGGUUUACUCAAAAAUUAUAUGAGGAAAAAAGAGAACGUUAGUAUGUCGAUUACAACACUUACCACCAGGAUACGAUUUCGUGCUUAUUGUGAUGGUGAAUGGAAUCUUGGCGAUCAUGUUGAUGAAUCUCCAGUCUAUUGUCUUCUGUGGACUUGUCGCAAGGAUCAAUAUCAAUGUAAAACAGGUCAAUGUAUUGAAUUGAAUUGGGUAUGCGAUGGAACUUGGGAUUGUUCCGAUGCCAGUGAUGAAGAAGCGCUCAGCAUUAAUCAGCCAUGAUUUCUUUUAUUUAAUAAAGUAAUUAAGAAAAUGCGUGAAUAUAAAAUAGUCAUACUUGGUAGUGGUGGUGUUGGUAAAUCAGCAUUGACUGUACAAUUUGUUCAAGGAUUAUUUGUUGAAAAAUAUGAUCCAACGAUUGAAGAUAGUUAUCGAAAACAGGUAGAAGUCGAUGGACAACAAUGUAUGCUUGAAAUUUUGGAUACUGCUGGAACAGAACAAUUUACAGCUAUGCGAGAUUUGUAUAUGAAAAAUGGUCAAGGAUUUGUACUUGUGUAUUCAAUAACUGCUCAAUCAACAUAUAAUGAUCUUAUUGAUUUACGUGAUACGAUUCUUAAAGUAAAAGAUACAGCUGAUAUACCAAUGGUAUUAGUAGGAAAUAAAUGUGAUCUUGAAGAUGAACGUGUAGUUGGAAAAGAAGUUGGUCAAACAUUAGCAUGUCAUUGGAAUUCAACAUUUUUGGAAACAUCUGCAAAACGAAGAAUAAAUGUUAAUGAGAUAUUUUUUGAUCUUGUUCGUCAAAUAAAUAAACGAACAGCAGUAAAUAAAGAUAAAAAAACGAAGAACAAAAAUUCUGGUCAGACUAGUAACUCAAAUCCAUCAGCUUCAGAUGGAACAAAUGGUAUUGGUAUCUCAAAAACAAAUUCAUCAAAUAAAGCAACUGUUUCAAAUAAUCAAGACUGUUGUAUACUUUUAUAA